AUGAAGGAAAUACUUACCCUAAUACAGGCUCUAUUGAAAGAGCGAGAAAGUCAGAUAUGCGAGAGGAUUGAUCGCAUUGCAACUAUUUCUGCACCGCAGCAUGGUGAUAAUUGGGAGAUUGCCAAUUACACAUUGGGCAUGUGGCGCUCAGAUCGGGAGAAGCCCGAGAUCGAGGAGGAGAGCACAGAGGUGCUGCAAAGCCUGUCUCAAGAAGUCCACCCUAACCCAGACCUAGAAGAGUGUGGAGCGGAAGGUCCUCUAACGGACGUGGCAGAAACAGCUGAUACCGAGUGCGGAGAGGAUCGCCAGACUGGCGUCACUUGUGAGGGCUCGGUGGGGAGAUCGGCCGGCUCCCUGAUGCAGGGCCCUGCUUGGAGACAGAAGCUGCAGAUAGAUGGUCGCGGCAGUAUUGCUUACACAACCUCAGCUAUUGACGUGUGCUUGCAGGGAUUUGUCGAAUCAACAGAAGGCUCCUGGUAUCUUAAUACCCCUGUGAAAGUUGGUGUGCACCGGCCCUCUCAGACAACAGAUAUCCCUACCUUUUACUCAAUCCCUCCUGGAGGAGUUGGCCAGAUAUCGUCUUCAAUGGGAUGGCAAAGCCAGCCUGUCUAUCCUCUUGCUUCUUGUGGAUUUAGACAGCCGUACUCCUCAGCACUUUCUUCAGGUGCUCCCUACUCUAGGUUUACACAUCCUCUGAUGCUCAGCUCGGGCAUGCAUACAACAGGUAUUCCUCACCCAGCAAUAGUGCCUCACUCAGGGAACAAAGACAUGGAUUGUUAUGAAAGGAGCAUGAAACCUCAGUGUGAACCAAAGAGAGAAAAAGAGCCUAAGAAGCCCACAAUCAAGAAGCCACUGAAUGCCUUUAUGUUGUAUAUGAAAGAAAUGAGAGCAAAAGUCAUUGCUGAGUGCACGUUAAAAGAGAGCGCAGCUAUCAACCAGAUCCUUGGAAGGAGGUGGCAUGCACUGUCUAGAGAAGAGCAAUCAAAGUACUAUGAACUGGCCAGAAAAGAAAGGCAACUUCAUAUGCAGCUGUACCCAGGCUGGUCUGCAAGGGACAAUUAUGGGAAAAAGAAAAGACGAAGCAGGGACAAACACCAGGAUUCCAGUCCAGAACCUUCCUCUGGAUUAUCUGAUCAUCCUCAUCUCAUCACUUAUAUACCGUGAAAGACAGAAGAAGCAGAUUUGGGGACGUGAAUGAAAAAUGUG